CCGCGCAGGCGCACUGCGAGGCUUCGCGGCCGCGGCGUCGGGCGCGCCAGCUGGUUUAGUUGUGUGCGCCAGACGCUCUAGGGGGGCGGCUCUCCUGGUGCCUCUCUUCAGCUAUGGCGGAGGCCAUGGAUUCGGGGAAAGACCCCAACGGGCCCACUCAUUCCUCGACUCUGUUCGUGAGGGAGGACGGCAGCUCCAUGUCCUUCUACGUGCGUCCCAGUCCGGCGAAGCGCCGGCUCUCGACGCUCAUCCUGCACGGCGGCGGCACCCUGUGCCGGGUGCAGGAGCCCGGGGCCGUGCUGCUGGCCCAGCCCGGGGAGGCGCUGGCCGAGGCCUCGGGCGACUUCAUCUCCACGCAGUACAUCCUGGACUGCGUGGAGCGCAACGAGAGGCUUGAGCUGGAGGCCUACCGGCUGCGCCCGGCCCCGGCGGCCGACCAGACCCUGGAGACGAAGCCGGGGGCCCCGGCCGAGGGCGCCGCGGAGCCCGAGCCGAAGCCGUACACGGGGCGGAUGGGGUUCACGGACGCGGACGACUUGGCCAUCUUGACCUACGUGAAGGAAAACGCCCGCUCGCCCAGCUCCGUCACCGGCAAUGCCCUGUGGAAAGCGCUGGAGAAGAGCGCGCUCACCCAGCACUCGUGGCAGUCCCUCAAGGACCGCUACCUCAAGCGCCUGCGCGGCCAGGAGCACAAGUACCUGCUGGGCGACGCCCCCGUGAGCCCGUCCUCCCAGAAACUCAAGCGGAAAGCCGAGCAGGACCCCGAGGCCGCCGACAGCGGGGAACCACAGAAUAAGAGAACUCCAGACUUGCCUGAAGAAGAAUUUGUAAAGGAAGAGAUCCAAGAGAAUGAAGAAGCAGUCAAAAAGAUGCUCGUAGAAGCCAGCCGGGAGUUUGAUGAGAUUGUGGUGGAUGAGAGCCCUGAUUUUGAAAUACACAUAACAAUGUGUGAUGAUGAUCCACCUACACCGGAGGAAGACUCAGAAACACAGCCUGACGAGGAGGAGGAGGAGGAGGAAGAAGAAAAAGUUUCUCCACCAGAAGUGGGAGCUGCCAUCAAGAUCAUCCGGCAGUUAAUGGAAAAGUUUAACUUGGAUUUGUCAACAGUUACACAGGCCUUCCUAAAAAAUAGCGGUGAGCUAGAGGCUACUUCUUCCUUUUUAGAGUCUGGUCGAAGGGCUGAUGGGUAUCCCAUUUGGUCCCGACAGGAUGACUUGGAUUUGCAAAAAGAUGAUGAGGCUGCCAGAGAUGCAUUGGUCAAAAAAUUUGGUGCUCAGAAUGUAGCUCGGAGGAUUGAAUUUCGCAAGAAAUGAUUGGCAAGCUAAUGAGAAAAGAAAAAAGGUGUGGCAGAUGAGGUGGUUAAAAAAGGGUUUUGACUGUUGAUCUUCAGAGAUUCUUACAUUGGAGCUGACACUUGUCUUUUGACCAAUACUACCAUUGCUCUCUAAGUCCCAGAUUUUGUAGCCAAGCAGAGUUGUGUAGGAGGAUAAAAAUAAAAGAAAUGGGAUAUAUUUAGAGCAGUCCCUGGCAGUAUCAGUGUGCUUAUGAAAGGAAAAUCUAAACUAGAGAGAACUUGGUCUGCAUAGUAGUAAUCCUUUUCUGGAAUGGAACCCUUGCUAUAUUGGUGACAGGAGUUAGUGACAAAGUCAAAGGAGGAAAAUUAGGAGGGAGAUCUUUUCAGGCAGCAUGAAUAAAGAACCUCCUAUCUUUUGGCAGAAGCUCAUCUAGAUUGUGGUAGAUUCCAAAUUAAGAAUCUAGAAAUAUGGAAAGAUUUCAUUACAAGGCCUUGAACAUGGACUAUCCCAAACUCUGUAUCCCCCGUUGAGCUCUCAUUUCUAGACUGCUUUGAAAACUCCAUAUUCCCUUUGUUAACGUAAUAUUUGGGGACCCUGCUUCUUGGCUGUUCUUUUCUUCAAGUCCUUGAUAGACAUGUCUCUAGCAUGUAUUUUCUUACCACCCGGUUUUUAAAACACACACACAACCCUAGAGAGUCUGAAGAACAGUCUUACUUUGUUACUAGUAAUGUGUUUUUAGUUAGUCUUUAGCACAAAACUACCCCCGAUUGUGUUAGAUUUAAAAAUUAGUAGAUUAAUUUCUCUCUGUUGUAUUGCUUUCAUUAUUGAAAAUAAAUAGAACUUUGUAUUUGAGUCUCCAA